AUGCCAGAUUUCAAACAACUCAAAGUGGAGGACUUCUACGAGAUUGGAGAAGAGCUCGGGAGCGGUCAGUUUGCCAUCGUGAAGCGGUGUGUGGAGCGCCACAGAGACCAGUCCUUCGCCGCUAAAUUUAUAAAGAAGCGGCAGUCUCUGGGCAGCUCCCGCGGCGUGCGGCGGGAUGACAUUGAGAGGGAGGUGUCCAUUCUGCGGCAGGUCCAGCACCAGAACAUCGUCACUCUGCACAACGUGUACGAGAACCGGACCGACGUAGUGCUGAUCCUGGAACUAGUUUCUGGGGGAGAGCUGUUUGACUUUCUGGCUCAGAAAGAGUCUCUCAGUGAAGAGGAGGCCACUCAGUUCAUCAGACAGAUCCUGGAGGGGGUCCACUACCUGCACAUGCGCAAGAUUGCACACUUUGACCUUAAGCCGGAGAACAUCAUGCUACUGGACAAGAAUGUGCCACUGCCCAGAAUCAAACUCAUUGACUUCGGACUUGCACACAAGAUCGAGGCAGGAGUGGAGUUCAAGAACAUCUUCGGUACUCCAGAGUUUGUAGCUCCGGAGAUUGUCAACUAUGAGCCACUGGGACUGGAGGCUGACAUGUGGAGCAUCGGUGUCAUUACCUACAUUCUCUUGAGCGGAGCAUCUCCGUUCCUGGGGGAAACCAAACAGGACACGCUGGAAAACAUCACAGCCGUAAACUAUGAGUUUGACGAGGAGUUCUUCUGUCACACCAGCAACCUUUCCAAGAAGUUCAUCAGCCAGCUGCUGGAGAAGGACACAAAGAAGCGGUUAACGAUUCAAGAAGCUCUGAAUCACCCCUGGAUCAAGUCCAACGAAAACAAGGAUGAAAGUAAAUCCCAGAAGCCGAAGAAACAUGAGCGUCGCCAACUGAAAACCAAGCGCCUGCGAGAGUACACAAUCAAGUCCCACUCUAGCAUGCCGCCCAACAACACCUACGUGAAUUUUGAGCGCUUUGCUCGAGUGGUGGAGGACAUCGAGCAGAUGGAGAGUGCCUUCGUGCACCUGGCCUCGGCUCAUGACGGCCUACAGGAGGAUGUGGACGCCAUGGUGCGCAUCUACAACGACAAGGAGGCCUGGUACAAAGAGGAGAGUGAGGAGGUGCGUCACGAGCUAUCACAGAUACGGUACGAGUUUCGCAAAGUGGAGGCAUUGAAGAAGAAUCUGCAGGAGGACAUGAGUGCCUUCAGCUCCAGCUUGGACACCAUUAGCGGUCAAUACCAGGAGAGACAUAAGCACUUUGAGGAGCUACGGUCAGAGCUCAGCCACGAGUUGAAGUGGGUGCAGGAGGUGGUGGGCUCCUUCCCGCUGGACACCACUGGGAGCUUUCCUGCCUGUAACUUCUCAAAUGUUUUAAAUAACGAUGUGAACGAAGCGCUAAAGGAGCUGUUGAGUCGAUCGUGUGGAGGAGAGCUGCUGACAGGGAUUAACUUGGAUUUAGCAGCAACAGGGCAGCAGAGACUCACGGGUAUAACUGCACCAAUCUGCGUGUGCAAUGAGCUGCAGUCAGGCGUGAGUGUGGACAGGACACACAGACAAGGAGGCACCUGGCAGACACGGGCCACGCUGCAGGCCACGCUGCAGGCCACGCUGCAGGCCACGCUGCAGGCCACGCUGCAGGCCACGCUGCAGGCCACGCUGCAGGCCACGCUGCAGGCCACGCUGCAGGCCACGCUGCAGGCCACGCUGUCAACAUUAAGCCCAUGGAUGUGA